UAUAAGCACUCUCCUCUCCAACCUCAUAACGAACGUAAAAACCCUAAUCUUCCUUCUCAUUUCUGUACGAACCUACAUUCUUUUUUCUUUCUCAUUUCUGUUCUGUGUGGCCGCGCCCCACAUAACAAACCUUAAUCCUCAGAUCUCUCGCAUUCUCCUAGCUUCGUCGAUCUACGAUGGCCGGUAAGGGAGACGGACCUGCGAUCGGAAUCGAUCUCGGAACUACGUACUCCUGCGUCGGAGUGUGGCAGCAUGACCGUGUCGAGAUCAUCGCCAAUGACCAAGGGAACAGGACAACUCCCUCCUACGUUGCUUUCACUGAUUCCGAGCGUUUGAUUGGUGAUGCCGCUAAGAACCAGGUCGCCAUGAACCCUAUCAACACUGUUUUUGAUGCUAAGCGUUUGAUUGGUAGAAGAUUCACCGAUGCCUCUGUUCAGAGCGACAUCAAGCUAUGGCCAUUCAAGGUUAUUGCCGGACCUGCUGACAAGCCCAUGAUUCAGGUCAACUACAAGGGUGAGGACAAGCAGUUCGCUGCUGAGGAGAUUUCCUCCAUGGUUCUCAUGAAGAUGCGUGAAAUUGCCGAGGCUUAUCUUGGUUCCACAGUGAAGAACGCUGUUGUCACAGUCCCUGCAUACUUCAAUGACUCCCAACGUCAGGCCACAAAGGACGCUGGAGUCAUUGCCGGUCUCAAUGUUAUGCGUAUUAUCAAUGAACCUACCGCUGCGGCCAUUGCCUAUGGUCUUGACAAGAAGGCCACCAGCGUCGGGGAGAAGAACGUGUUGAUCUUUGACCUUGGUGGUGGUACCUUUGAUGUCUCUCUUCUCACCAUUGAAGAGGGUAUCUUCGAAGUUAAGGCCACUGCUGGAGACACUCACCUUGGAGGCGAAGACUUUGACAACAGGAUGGUUAACCACUUUGUUCAAGAGUUCAAGAGAAAGCACAAGAAGGACAUCUCUGGUAACCCCAGAGCACUUAGGAGGUUGAGAACCGCUUGUGAGAGGGCGAAGAGAACCCUUUCAUCAACUGCACAAACCACCAUUGAGAUUGAUUCUCUCUAUGAAGGUGUUGACUUCUACACCACCAUUACCCGUGCUAGGUUUGAGGAGCUCAACAUGGAUCUCUUCAGGAAGUGUAUGGAACCUGUUGAAAAGUGUUUGAGGGAUGCAAAAAUGGACAAGAGCAGUGUCCAUGACGUUGUCCUUGUUGGUGGUUCUACUAGGAUCCCUAAGGUUCAGCAACUCUUGCAAGACUUCUUUAAUGGGAAGGAGCUCUGCAAGAGCAUCAACCCUGAUGAGGCCGUUGCUUAUGGUGCUGCUGUUCAGGCUGCGAUCUUGAGUGGUGAGGGUAACGAGAAGGUUCAGGAUCUCUUGCUUUUGGAUGUCACUCCACUUUCCCUUGGUUUGGAAACUGCCGGUGGUGUCAUGACCGUCCUUAUUCCAAGGAACACGACCAUCCCAACAAAGAAGGAGCAAGUAUUCUCAACCUACUCAGACAACCAACCCGGUGUGUUGAUUCAAGUUUACGAGGGUGAGAGAGCUAGAACCAGGGAUAACAACUUGUUGGGAAAAUUCGAACUUUCUGGCAUUCCUCCAGCACCUAGGGGUGUUCCUCAGAUCACUGUCUGCUUCGAUAUUGAUGCUAAUGGUAUCCUCAAUGUCUCUGCUGAGGACAAAACCACCGGCCAGAAGAACAAGAUCACAAUCACCAACGACAAGGGAAGACUCUCUAAGGAAGAGAUUGAGAAGAUGGUUCAGGAGGCAGAGAAGUACAAGGCAGAGGAUGAGGAACACAAAAAGAAGGUUGAUGCUAAGAAUGCUCUUGAGAAUUAUGCAUACAACAUGAGGAACACCAUCAAGGAUGAGAAGAUUGCUUCUAAGCUCACUGCAGAUGAUAAGAAGAAGAUUGAAGAUGCAAUUGACGGUUCCAUUCAAUGGUUGGAUAGUAACCAGCUUGCUGAGGCGGAUGAGUUUGAAGACAAGAUGAAGGAGUUGGAGAGCAUCUGUAACCCAAUCAUUGCAAAGAUGUAUCAAGGUGGAGCUGGUCCUGACAUGGGUGCUGGUGCUAUGGACGAUGAUGUUCCACCAUCUGCCUCAAGCGGUGCUGGUCCUAAGAUUGAGGAAGUUGAUUAAAUUUGUCGAUUAUUGCUAGAUGUUUUUUUUAUGGUUUUCUUUGCAGGAUGUUUUGAACCCUUUUUAAUUUUUUUUUAUAAAUUUCUCGUAAAGCAUUUUGAUGUCCUGCCACCUGGAUGUCGUGGUGUUGAAUGUUUAUCCACGUUUUGGGUGGAUACGAACUGUUGAAAAUUUUUUGGCGAAGGAACUAAGGAAGUGUAUUUUUGUGACUA